GGUCCAGACCAGAGAUUUUGGGGCAGGCGUGGACUCAACGAAGGUGAAAAUGCUUGCACAAUCUCACGAGAGAAUGUGAGAUUUUACUGAUUAUUGUUUACAUUGCAAAAACAUGAGAACCGAACCGAAUCGAUCCGGAUUCAACUGAAACGCCUGCAACAUCACAACUUCCGAAACAGAUUGUUUUUCCCCCCGCAGGGAGGAAGGCGACUGGAGACGAACUUUGUUUUGAUCGAGCUGAAAGCCAGGACCCGAAAUUCAUCUCACCGCCGGGGGAGAUAAAGAUAGGGGGUAACUAACGCGAGCUUAAAGACAUUAUUUAUACCUUGGUGAAAACCGCAGGAUCUCGAGGGUCGCCAUUGUGUGGGAGAAGAUACCUAACCUAGGCAGGGUAUGGUCCUCGGAGAGAGGGAUGUGAUGGGGAUCCCUGUCUAGGGAGAACAGAAAGGCGGGUUUGGGAUACCCGGAGCUGUCGAGGCCUCCGAGGGAAUCCUCCGUCGUCUACCUUGAGCUGCACAGCGCGCUCCCGUGUCUCGAUCGUUAACAAUCAGCACGCGAGGGACGCGGCUGUGGAUGCGGCCUAGCCUGGGAGGGUCUGUCGAGCACCGGGGAAACAACGGAGACGGGUUCAGGGUUCACAGCGGGCCCUCCGGAGGACCGAGAAAUAUAAAAUUACACCAUGAUGGAAGAACUGCAUAGCCUGGACCCCCGGCGGCAGGAGCUGUUGGAGGCUCGCUUCACUGGGGUCGGCGUAGCUAAGGGCUCGGGUCAGAAUCAAAAUGAGUCAUCCAAUCAGAGUCUGUGCAGUGUGGGCUCGCUCAGUGACAAAGAGCUGGAGACUCCAGAGAAAAAGGCAAAUGACCAGAGAGUGAGAAAACGCAAAGCAGACCACUUUGACAGCAGCCAAGGCAAAGCAGGAGCACGGGGACAUAAAAUUAGCGAUUAUUUUGAGUUUGCGGGAGGUAGCGGUCCUGGUACCAGCCCUGCCAGGGGAAUUCCACCAGUGGUCCGCUCUUCCCCACAACACUCUCUCUCCAACCCCCCUGUCAUGGUGCAGCAGGGAAGCCCCUCCUCGGUCAGUUCAGCCAACACAGAGCACUCCUCGUGUUCACUGAAGCCUACUUCUCUUCACGUGUUCCACAAAGCCACACAGUCUGACCUUACUAUAGAGAAACUAACAGCAAUGGAGAACAACAAGAACUCUGACCUGGAGAAGAAGGAGGGCCGAAUAGACGAUUUGUUGCGGGCAAACUGUGAUCUGAGGAGACAAAUUGAUGAGCAACAGAGGAUGCUGGAGCGAUACAAGGAACGCUUAAAUAAGUGUGUGACCAUGUCAAAGAAACUGCUGAUUGAAAAGUCAAAACAGGAGAAGAUGGCAUGCCGGGAUAAAAGUAUGCAGGAUCGACUUCGACUUGGUCACUUCACCACAGUGAGACACGGAGCAUCUUUCACAGAGCAGUGGACGGAUGGAUAUGCCUUUCAAAAUCUUAUCAAACAACAAGAAAGGAUUAACUCUCAGCGAGAAGACAUUGAAAGGCAGAGGAAGCUUCUGGCCAAACGCAAGCCGCCCUCCAUGGCCCAGACUCCACCACCAAGCCUCGAGCAAAACAAACGGAAAAGCAAAACCAAUGGAACAGAAAGUGAAGCGUUAUCGCAGGCUGAGUACCAUGAACAGGAAGAAAUCUUUAAGCUAAGACUAGGCCAUCUUAAGAAGGAGGAGGCUGAAAUCCAAGCAGAACUGGAGAGACUGGAGCGAGUGCGGAAUCUGCACAUACGCGAGCUGAAAAGGAUUCACAAUGAAGAUAAUUCCCAAUUCAAAGAUCACCCUACGCUAAAUGACAGAUACCUGUUGCUCCAUUUACUUGGACGAGGAGGUUUCAGUGAAGUUUACAAGGCAUUUGACUUAACGGAGCAAAGGUAUGUUGCAGUCAAAAUCCACCAAUUAAACAAGAACUGGAGGGAUGAGAAGAAGGAAAAUUAUCACAAACAUGCGUGCAGAGAAUAUAGAAUCCAUAAAGAGCUGGACCACCCACGAAUAGUUAAACUCUAUGACUACUUUUCACUUGACACUGACUCGUUCUGUACAGUUCUGGAGUACUGCGAGGGCAAUGACUUGGACUUCUACCUAAAGCAGCACAAGCUUAUGUCAGAGAAAGAGGGCCGCUCUAUCAUCAUGCAGAUUGUCAACGCCCUCAAGUACCUCAAUGAGAUCAGACCGCCCAUUAUCCACUACGACCUUAAACCCGGUAAUAUCCUCCUGGUGAAUGGCACCGCCUGUGGGGAAAUCAAGAUCACAGACUUCGGCCUCUCGAAGAUCAUGGAUGAUGACAGCUACAACUCGGUGGACGGGAUGGAGCUGACUUCACAGGGAGCGGGGACAUACUGGUACCUGCCUCCUGAGUGUUUUGUGGUUGGUAAGGAACCACCUAAAAUCUCCAACAAGGUUGAUGUGUGGUCUGUGGGAGUCAUUUUCUACCAGUGUUUGUAUGGCCGCAAGCCUUUUGGUCACAACCAGUCACAGCAGGACAUCCUGCAGGAGAACACCAUUCUGAAGGCAACAGAUGUUCAGUUUCCCCCUAAACCUGUAGUCACACCUGAAGCUAAGGCCUUUAUAAGGCGCUGUCUAGUCUACCGUAAGGAGGACCGUAUCGAUGUGCAUCAGCUGGCCAGUGACCCCUUCCUCAUGCCCCACAUCCGCAAGUCGGUGGCCUCCUCGGGCACCUCGAGCAUGGCCGUGGCAUCCACAUCGAGCUCCUCCAACAGCAGCGCCUCAAACUGAGCCCACCCUUUAAACUGUCUGACUGAAUCAUUUGAAAGGGUGGGGUGGGGUGGGGGUGACGCCGUGCUGCGUCCCCCCUCCUAAAACCAUCCCACCUUGCCGUGAAGAGCCCAUGUGAAACUGGCCAGAUGUCGGCAAGGGGUGGAUGAGAGGUCAUGGACGGGUUAGGAAGGGAGACCAGUGUCACCCUUCAUCCCUCUCAUGUCCAUCCACCCCAGCCCACCUGUCCUGAUUUCUCAAAAAGGGUGGCAUUGUUCUGGGGGUCAAAGCCCUGGAUGACUCAAACAGCAAGGGGCGAGUUUUGGCACUGUGUUGGUGAAAAGUGGGGUUCAGUGGUUGGGAUUUUUCCUUUUCUGCUUAAAAAAAGAGAGAAAUAAAAUGAAGUAUAGGACUGCUUCAGCUUGGCCAGAUGGAAAAGACUGCGGAAGGCUUCAUACCCAUACGCUCUCACACACAACCACUCAUGCAUGAGCCAUUCUGGUCCGAGGUAGCCUGAACUCCCCAAGCUCAAACUUUUCGUUUGUUCUCAUCUCCCCAAGCCUAACUGAGAGAACCAGGCAGGGCUGUUAUUGUAUUGACACCUAAAUAUCUUUGGCACUAAGCCAUUCAACCCGCUGUUCUGGGAACCCUUGCCCCCACUUAAAUUCCAGACCUAGAUAGUUUGUGACGAGGAGGGACAGAAGUUACUAUCUCGUCUACCCCCUCUCUCCCAUAUCGUCGUCAGACUCCUGUGACCAAAGCUUAGAACUUCCAGCUGGUGGCAGUGUUCCACCUCAGUUUUUAUAAUGAAUGGCGUUUGACUUGUGCUACUUGAUAUGGAGUGGAGGUUGUUGAGGAAUGACCCCUUUUACAUUUUUUUUUUUUUUUUUUUAAACUUUUCAAUUUAACCAGUUUUAUGGAGAAAACUGUUGUGUUUCAAGUUGCCUUUAAUUAGAACUGUUACUGUUUUGAUUGACCCCCCCACCCUCUCCACCAUAAACACACAUAUUUAUUUAGGUAUGUUUGAAUUUAUUUUUGGCCAAUAAAAUGCAAGGGACUGGUUUACCUGAUAGUACUGUUGGGCAAGAUUGGGCCUUAGCAGAAAGUUGCAUAAACCAUUAAAUACUAUUGGUUAAAAUGUG